AUGUCUGGACUACCCAUAGUAUCCAGCACCGUUAUCUAUCUGUCCGGGAUCAUGGCCAUCGUGCUGUCUGUCUCCACGACCAUCAUCAACACGAGUCUUCUUUUUGUCAUUGUAAAGGACCCGCUCAAGUGCCUUCGAAAGCCGUCCACUGGUUUUAUCACCUCCCUCGCUUUAACAAACCUCGCGUUUGGACUCGUGACUGAUACGACAUACGCCAUGGCGCUAUUUGAAGGCCUUGGCUCGGGCUACGUGAACAUGGAUCUCAAAACCAUUCAAACGGCUUCGGGAUUCUUCACAUUUACAAGCGUCGUGGUCGUUAUCGUCGCAUUGACCGUGGAAUGCCUUCUGGGCACACUUUUCCCCAUUUUUCAUCGCAAUUGCAUCACGUUUAAAUCGUCGAUUUUGGUGUCGUGCGGUGUUUGGGCAUACGCCCUUCUAUUCACCAUGAUGCAAUUUGCGGAUAUCAACUUUGAAGUCUACGAGUUGUUGGACACACAUCUUCACCACACCGUGCCAUUUGGUGCAAUACUGCUGUGCUAUCUGUUCAUCUAUCGCGGACUCAGGAAGCGAACGCGCGCAUGCGCUCCAAAGAACGCGUCGAAUCAGCAGACCGAGGCAGGAGAACUGAAAUUCCAUAAGCAACUGUUACUGACUGUGAUUCUGGUCGGUUUGUUAUUGUUCCUAACCUUAGUUCCAUUCCAGGUGACUCUCACAAUGAUGAAGCGGUGUUUAACGUGUGAUAUCAACAAACUUUAUGCUUCUUUUUUGGUUUCAUUGAAUUUUAUGUACACAAAUCCUGCUUUGAAUACUCUGCUUUACGCCUGGCGUACAAGACCUUUUAGGAGGUCGUUCAGAGCGAUGUUUUGCAGGGGUCGGGAUCUUGAUUUACGACACUCGAAGCUCAUGGCCUCUCAGCGGAGCACUUCCGGUGGAGGAUUUAGCAAGCCGGGAAAAACUGGGAACGAGCAUUGA